GUAGCGACAACUGAGAGGAGCUUGGGGUUUUCCGUACAGUAAUAUCACUGCGACGCAAAACUGUCAUGGAGUCCGAUUACAAGAUCGUCAGGGAGCUGGGAAAGGGAGCGUUUGGGACAGUUUACCUCAUCAAACACAAGAGAGAAGCGGAAUGGUUCGCCUUGAAAACUGUGGAUUUGUCAAGAGCCGACGCCAAAGAGAGGGCCAGUGCCGAGAGGGAGGCCAAUCUGAUGCGAGAGCUGAACCAUGAUCACGUGGUACGGUACGUGGCUUCCACCUUUAACGGGUCCACCCUCUUCAUCUUCACUGAGUACUGCGAGGGCGGGGAUCUGUCACACUUCCUGGAAGACACCAGUGGGAAACUGCCUGAAGACUUGAUCGUGUGUUGGGUGUAUCAAACCGCGGAGGCUUUGAAGUACCUCCACCACAGGAAGAUCCUGCACAGAGACCUAAAACCCCAGAACAUCUACCUGAGUGGGGAGGGGGACAUCAAACUGGGGGACCUCGGUAUUGCAAGGAUUCUGGACAAAGGCGCUGACAUGGCGUCCACAAUGGCCGGAACUCCCUGCUACAUGAGUCCUGAGAUAUUUCAGAUGAAGGGCUACAACCACAAGACUGACAUUUGGAGUUUCGGCUGUGUGGUGUAUGAGAUGGCGGCCGGAGAGCGAGCGUUCGACGCCCCCAUCUUCCAAUUCCUCAUGUUCAAGGUGGUUGCUGGGGUGGUCCCUCCAAUCCACAGCGACUACAGUGACGCUUUGCGCCGGUUAGUAAAGUCGAUGAUGGCCAAAGACCCAGAUCAACGCCCCAGUGCUGCUGAUCUGCUAGAACGUAGCCCAGUCAAAGAAUUCGGACAAAGUCCCCAAAGGCCCAAGGAAAUUAUGAAAACCAGAGGAUUUCGGACGAAGUGGGGUACAUCCGAGUCAACAGUGGACACUGUGAAGUUGUUCAAAGAGAUGGUGUUGAACCCAGCCCCACCUUUCAAAGAUGGCGAUAUUCGUAUUCCCGUAGAUUCUCUCCAAGUGCACAGAGAAAGACUGGGUCUCAAGGGGGCUGCCUCGGCAGUACCGACCAGCGGAAGCGGAGGAGCUGGUAUAUAUGGGUCAAUUAUGGCUCCGAAACAGAAGGCCAAGGAGAAAGUUGCCGAUAAGAAGAUAGAAGUGACCCUGAAACCCGAAAGGUCGAGGACCGAGAUGUCGGAAGGAAGAGCCGCCAUCAUGGAGGCAGUGAUGCGAGGCUUGAUGGGGAAGAUGGUGGAGACCCAGGACAGAACACUUCGAGAAUCAUACUCGAGCACUUCUUCCUCUUCCGACUCAGACUUCGACUCUACACUAGGAGCAAGUCACGGAACAACCACCAAGAAAGCGAUAGAGGCUCAAUUCCUCAUGAGACAGAUCCAGGUGUUGCAGAAACACUGUGCCGAAGGACUGGGGACAGAUACCUUACAGGACGCUUACUCAAUCCUGGAGUCGGUGACGGACGCCGGCCAGCUAAAGGCCCGCCUCGUGACGCUGAUAGGGGAAGAUAUGUUCCGACAAUACGGCGAGAAGAUUAUGUACUUGCGUCUUUUCCAAGUCGGUUUAGACAAAGUCCGGUCUCAGAUGGAAUAGUAGCUCAACACUAAAUUAUAAACUUUCAAGCUGGCGACAGUUGAAAUUAAAAUAUGAGGAACGUAAGAACUCGGGGCAUCCUUACACAAAGCAGAUCGUAAGCCACUAAGGUAACCUUAGUGCGAUGUUAAAGAAUGGGAGUUAGGGUUAAAUUUAGUAAAGGUUGCUUCGUAAAAGGAGCCCCAUCUGUAUAAGUGAUCACUCGUGACGGAAAGCUGCGAGCGGUGUCCGUGACUACUCGGGCCAUCCCGAGAUAUGUGGCACUGACACUUGGAACAUUUGGAAUACUCUUAUUAUAUCGGUUGUCAGAUUUCACGCUACAAACAGAAUUCGUCCCCAACUAUUGUAUAAAUAUUGACAUUUUUAUGCCAGUAUAAACAUUACGAAGUAGUCAUAUGUUGACCCUUCCAAAUUAGGUUCAGUUUUGCAGGUUAAUUGGGGUUAAACGUCGCUUUCAAGACUGUUGCAUCGCGUGUAUGGCUGCUUGUACCAGUGGGAAUGUCGAUUUAUUGUGUCAGCCCAGGAGAUACAACAUGCCGUAGUUUGACAAAGAUAGCAUUGUCAUAGCGCUACGAAAGCUUUGCGAAUCGGGACCCUGGACAUGACGUAUAGAACACGUAAAUAAUUUGAACAAGUGUGCAUUACCUGUGAAAAGUUGGACUUUGUUUCCGAAAAAUGGAAUAAAGAACAGCACUAUAUAUCAUCAUAUUAUUGUUGAACACAUGUAUAUAUUGAAUACGUGCUCUAGUGAUAUCGUGAGCUCAAUUGUUCAAAUGCCUGUUAUUUUCUGUCGAUGUGAUAAAAGGAUGUCUGUAUAAUAAGUAUUGUACAAUACUAUUAUCAUUAUAUCAUUGGUUUCCAGUAUAUACUGAAUGCGUGUUCCUGUCAUAGCUUAUGCUUUAAGUGUAUGAAGCUCUCUUUUAAUGUAAUAAAAUAGUUUCUGUAUAAGUAUUG